AUGACGUCUGCAGUUGCUUCUGCAGGUUGUGGCACAGUGUGCUGCACACUGUGUUGUGCCAAUACUGAUUUUGUUAUUUCUUUUCUUACAGAGAAAGAUGGCAAAGCCUUUCAUCCGACUUACGAAGAAAAGCUGAAGCUUGUGGCACUGCACAAGCAGGUUCUUUUGGGUCCAUACAAUCCAGACACUUGUCCCGAGGUUGGAUUCUUUGAUGUGUUGGGAAAUGACAGGAGGAGAGAAUGGGCAGCUCUGGGAAGCUUGUCCAAAGAGGAUGCCAUGGUAGAGUUUGUCAAGCUCUUAAAUAUGUGUUGCCAUCUGUUUUCAACAUAUGUUACAUCCCACAAAAUAGAGAAGGAAGAGCAAGAAAAAAAAAGGAAGGAAGAGGAGGAGCGGAGGCGCCGUGAGGAGGAAGAAAAAGAGCGCCUUCAAAAGGAGGAAGAGCGACGGAGGCGGGAGGAAGAGGAGAGGCUGAGGCGGGAGGAAGAGGACAGGCGGCGAACAGAAGAGGAGCAGCUUCGGUUGGAGCAGCAAAAGCAGCAGAUAAUGGCAGCCCUGAACUCGCAGACUGCCGUGCAGUUCCAGCAGUAUGCAGCCCAGCAGUACCCAGGGAACUACGAACAGCAGCAAAUUCUCAUCCGCCAGCUUCAGGAGCAGCACUACCAGCAGUACAUGCAGCAGCUGUACCAAGUCCAGCUUGCACAGCAGCAGGCAGCAUUACAGAAACAACAGGAAGUAGUAGUGGCUGGGUCCUCUUUGCCUACAUCAGCAAAAGUGAACGCAGCUGUAGCAAGCGAUAUGCUGUCAGUUAAUGGACAGGCCAAAACCCACACUGACAACUCUGAGAAAGAACUUGAGCCAGAAACUGCAGAAGAAGCCCUGGAGAAUGGACCAAAAGAAUCUUUUCCAGUGAUUGCAGCCCCAUCCAUGUGGACACGACCACAAAUCAAAGACUUUAAAGAGAAGAUUCGGCAGGAUGCGGACUCUGUGAUCACCGUGGGCCGAGGGGAAGUGGUCACUGUCCGGGUCCCCACCCAUGAAGAAGGAUCCUACCUCUUCUGGGAAUUUGCUACAGACAGUUAUGACAUUGGGUUUGGGGUGUAUUUUGAAUGGACAGACUCUCCAAACACCGCGGUCAGCGUGCACGUCAGUGAGUCCAGCGAUGAUGAGGAAGAGGAGGAAGAAAACAUCACCUGUGAAGAGAAAGCCAAAAAGCAUGGCAGCAAGCCCGUGCUGGACGAGAUCGUGCCUGUGUACCGACGGGACUGUCACGAGGAGGUCUACGCUGGCAGCCACCAGUACCCAGGGAGAGGCGUCUACCUCCUCAAGUUUGACAACUCCUACUCCUUGUGGAGGUCCAAAUCCGUCUACUACAGAGUCUAUUAUACUAGAUAAAGAUGGUGUUACAGAGUGGAGUCUAGGCUUGGGCGAAGAUGGCAUUUACUUUCUUUUGGCUUUGGUGGAACACUGGAGUUGUGUUUCUCCUAUUCUUUUUGGUCUGAUGGUAUGAACUCUUGUUGAGAGUCAGGAUUUUCCUGAGACUCGUAAGCAGUAAUGCUCAGGGGCUAGAGGGUCCCUCUGACUCAUUAGUCCCUGGGUGCUGACCAGCAUAUGCACUAGUGGAUGCUUAAGUUACAGGAGCCCCGUGUGAGAUACUCAGUCACCAGAAUACACUUGGCCAGCGCUGGCCUGACUGGCUGGCAGUUACGCCGCUGCCUGCCCGUGUGUCCCCCAGGGCCCGCAGCUGCAGCGCUGUCUAGGUUGACAUGCUUGUUGGUAGUCGACACCCUGUGCAGGGGCGGGGAUCAAACUCAAGACCUCACACAGUGUAGGAGAGACAGACAGUGCCUGAACCACCCAGGUUAUUUUUGCUUUGAGGCAGCUGUCGAGUUACACACAUUACAGAGAAUUACUUUCAGAGACUGUCUUAAACUUAGAGUACUCAAACCCAGUAGAUAAAGGGAGUAUGUGGACACAUAGAACACUUCAGACCUCUUCCUUGCAAGUCUCCACCAGCUCAGGCCUUUUCAUUCAUAUCACACUAGCAGUCAAAACACGACAACUCAGAUGGAAAGUUUUCUGCACCAAGUGUACAGUUAGGGUUUUGUACACACAAAGUGGCACCUACUAAAUUAAAAGCUGUAAAAUCA